AUUGAAACAACGAAACCAUUAAUAAGUAAAGUUGGAACGAGUUUGAAAACCACUGAUUGUUGUUCCGAUUGACAGUUCAUGUGUUCGUGACUGACUGUCAGUCACAGUUAUAUUGAUAAGUAUUAAAUAGAAACUGUUUUAUUUUGUUUCUUACUCUCUAAAACUUUCGAAGCAUACUAUUAAAUUAUUUGUUAAAUUAUGGCAGCGUCUAAAGUUACUUUUAAAAUCACACUAACUUCCGACCCGAAAUUACCUUUCAAAGUAUUGGUGGCAUUUUGACGGUAGCUACCAAUUGGGAAAAUGAAUGAAGACAGUGCAGGGGCUUUAAAACAAAUCAUUUCGACCGUCGACUCAUUCAUCCUAGUCUAUGAGAACAAAGGGUUCCCUAAAAGUGCCUCACUGGAGGAUGUUAAAAAUGCUUUCAAACUGGGCAAUUUCAUAGAGAAAACAAUUCUCAAUUUCAAAGCAAAAAAUUCUUUGCCACAAUUCAUGAACAUAUUAAACAAGUGUUGGGAAAAUAAUAAUAGAACUAAAAUGUACCCUGAAAUAUUUUUGGAAAAAGCUUGUGAUAGUCUGUUAAAAAACUUUUUUCAAUAUCCUUAUUUGCCUGAAAAAAAUCUGGACAUAGCUAUAAGAAUAUACACAACUUUACACUCUAAAGAAAGAUUGCAAAGUCUCAUCAGUGAAUUAAUUUUACAUCACAGUUCAGUAAAAGUAUUAAUGGACAGUUGUGGGGAUUCACCUGAAAGAGAAUAUCAUGUCUUGUUGGGCAGACUGUUAAGCUUCUGUGAAAGCAGUAAAGGCAAUGAAUUAAAUGAUGAAAUAAACAAAUUUUUAUCAAUAUCAAUGGUGGAGGAAUUUCUAUAUUUAUUGCUUGGAAUUUUAUCAUUAACAGAUUUAAGUGUAAGUCAAAAACAUGUUCAAAAACAAAUAUUAGAGUGUUUAGUUCAAAAAAUGUUAGACAGAAGCAUCCUUUCUAAAAGCUUCUGGAUUACUUUGUGUAAAAUUAUAGACAGAAGUGUAAUAUCAAAAGCUUGUGACAAUCAUAGAGAAUUUUUAAAUUCUUUACUAAAUUUCCUAAUAUUUUUGGGCUCCACUAUGGAUAAAAAUGAAGAAAAUGUAUGGACACCAAACACUACCAUGAGUUAUUGUCCAGAAAUUGGUUUUCACGAUAUACUGCAAAUUUUUAAGUUGAUUUGCAAAGAAAAUUCAGAUUUAAAUUAUUAUGUAGUCAACAGAUUGUAUGAGGCAAAAGACAACACUGAAUGUAUAUUGUGGGAUGAAAUUAGGUUACUUUUAACAAACUGAAGAUUUUAAGAAUCCACUGUUUUAUAUAACUUUAUUCGCAUGUUUAUUAAUUAUUUAUAUUAAGAUUAUUGAAUGAUUCCAUAUUUUAUUGUAUUAUUUUUUUACAUUUUAUAUUAAAACAUUAUAAGUUAU